AUGGUAGUCGCACACGUAGAGCAGAACACAUCUGCCACCAAAAACCGCCGAAGCAUGACUCGUAAGAAGAAAGCACGCACGGCUGCCAAUACCACACAAGUUGACGGUGACGAAGAGAUGUCUUCAGAGGUUAUUCCCCCUUUGAAGUCGAAUCACACUCCCGAAGAUGAUGAUUUGAUGAUCGAAAUUAACCCUACUCCCGCCCUAGAGGCAAGCUCAGCGCCCUCUUUUCCGGCUUUGCCUGCAUCUGCGACACAAUCUACUCUAAAAUCAGAGACAAGGCGAAUUCCAAUACCCCCGCAUCGCAUGACGCCUAUAAAAAAGGACUGGAUAAACAUUUUCAGUCCUCUCACCGAGAUCCUUGGGCUACAGGUGCGAAUGAAUGUUCAGAGGCGGUGUUUAGAAAUUAGAACAUCAAAAGCUACCACAGAAAUCGGUGCUCUGCAGAAAGGAGCUGAUUUUGUGAAGGCAUAUGCUCUUGGAUUUGACGUUAACGACGCGAUAGCACUUCUACGAAUGGACGAUCUUUACCUCGACUCGUUCGAGAUUAAAGACGUAAAAACACUUCAUGGCGAUCAUCUCAGCAGAGCAAUCGGACGGAUAGCGGGACAGGAUGGCAAGACCAAGUUCACGAUCGAGAACACUAGCCGGACUCGUAUCGUGCUUGCCGACACGAAAAUUCACAUUAUGGGCUCCUUCCAAAACAUCAAAAUUGCGCGCGAUGCAAUUGUCUCUUUAAUCUUGGGCUCACCACCCGGAAAAGUUUAUGCCGGACUUAGGACCGUCAGCAGCCGUAUGAAGCAGCGGGCCCUGUAA